AUGUUCAACGGCUUGAGGAAGACCUUCUCAAAGCGAAAAUCGAACCCUAUCAACGACUCAACGUGGGGUACAACAAACACAGCCAGCUCACAUCCAGCACCUCAGCAAAAGCCCACCGGUGAACGUACCGGCGGUCUUGCGCCACGGUCGAAUAGUAACCCGUUUGCUCCAUCGUCACCUGCGACACGUAGACCAAGCCGCUCAAUCAUGAAUCCGUUCAGCAGUUCUAAUGACGCCCCGCCUGCAUACACUCCAGGCCCCGCGCAGACUAACGUGGACUCAUCACGACCAGCUUCGGUUUCUACAGAUGCUGAUCCCUAUGCGUUCCUUAAGACCUUUGACACUAUCUUUUUGAUAGAUGAUAGCGGAUCUAUGGCCGGGCGUUCAUGGAAAGAGACAGGCGCAGCCCUUGAGACUAUCACGCCCAUCUGCACCCAGCGCGACGCAGACGGCAUCGACAUUUACUUUCUAAAUCACCCCGACUCCUCACUCUAUAAGAAUAUCAAGACUGCCGGCACCGUCGUCGAAAUCUUUCAGACUGUGCGCCCCGGCGGUGCAACUCCAACGGGCCAGCGCCUCAACAAGAUCCUGAGGCCGUACCUCCAGCGCUAUGAACGAGCUCCUGAGACCACAAAACCUAUCAACAUUAUCGUGAUCACCGACGGCGAGCCCUCUGACGAUGUUGAGUCCCCUAUCAUCCAGGCGGCCAAGAAGCUUGACAAGCUCGACGCGCCCGCAUGGCAGGUUGGCAUCCAGUUCUUCCAGGUUGGCAAAGAGCCCGGUGCGCGCGAGCAUCUCAAGCAGCUCGAUGACGGGCUCAAAGAGCUCGCAGGUGAUGAUGACCUCAGGGAUAUUGUGGACACUGUGCCUUUUACCGGGGAGGGGGAUGCACAACUUACCGGAGUGGGAAUACUCAAGAUUUGUCUUGGAGCCGUGAACAGGAGGCUAGACCGUAACUCGAAGGAGCUGUAUCGCACGAAGUGA